UUUACAGAGACAAGCGAGGAAGCAAAUGCAGCCACAGUCGAAACAAUCGCAAGAGUGAGAGGACAGCUGCCAAACAAAGCCAAAUACAGAAACUCAUCGCCUUGUUUCAUACCUUCAGCACUCAAAGUCAUAGAGUCUUGGAGUCAUAGAGCAUGGAAGCAGACCCUUCGGCCCAACAUGACCAUGUUGACCAGGGUCACACCUCCUGGUCACCUCUGACACAGCAGCUGAAUGGUGAAAUGGAAACUCACAAACAGGUUCACUUCAUAAACAAGGAUAAAUCCACCAGUAAUCACAUAAUCCACUUGGUUUCAGAAUACCAGCAGAGGGUCAUCUCACUGAACAGAGGAAUUGAGAGAAAAAAACAGGAGAUCCAGAGACUGAAAGCACUGAUUGCUGACAGACACGCUGAGAUCCUCUCUGCAUAUCAUCCUGUGACAAUGCCUGCAAUACGGUUAAUGACAACUUGGCUUGAAGUGCAAGAUGUAAAGACUACCUUGACAGAACUACAAGCAAUGUGUGAAGAAGAAGCAGCUCAGAAAGUCAGACUGUGCAAACAAAUACAACACCUGAAUCAUCAGCUGGAGCUACAGAGUGAGCAGCACAGCAAGGAUUUACAAUCUAUGAGUAAAAGAAUUGAAAGGUCAAAGGUUUUGGUGCAGCAACUUGACGAGCGAGUUGGAAGAGGUUAUGAUGAAGCAGCUUUGAAAAACGUGCUGGACAACUUGAAGGAGACAACUGAAUUUGAACUGAAGAUGUUUCAAGGGAGCGUGGCACAGCUUUAUGAUCAAAAUGUGGCAACUUUAAUUGCACUGCAGAACAGUGAUCAAAUCCUGUUGGAGCACGAGAUGUCUGAAAACCAACAGCUUCACCAGUGUAUUGGUCUUCUCAAAGAAGAAGCAACUGCUUUGCGCAGUAAGGUGCUGUCAGAGGAAGCUCAGUGUCAGAUGUUAGCUGGAAUGAUUAAGCAGGAACGUGACUAUGAUCACCAGUGUCUUCAAGCUCUUCAGGAACAGAUCCAGGGCUUGUGGCAGCGGCUGGGUGAGACAGAUGGAAGAUCAGCUGCACAGACAGCAGCAAAUCCACACAGUGAGACUGAAACGGUGACAGCACAGCUAGGAGGUGCAGAGAAUAGAUUAUAUAAAGAAUUAACUGAUUUGGUUGGGAAAGCCUUGGAGGAAGGUUGUUCUGAAAUACCGAGAGAAUCUCAUGGAGACAGGCAGCACCCUCAGGAGCAGGAGGGGGACCAGGGGAUGGUAUCAAGCACUGCCCACCACUCUGAAAUGGAAAUGUUUGAACCUGCACUCUGUCCACCAGCCUCUGUACCCGUCCAGAGCGAAAAGCUGCAAGAUUCACAAAUCACCCAGAAGCUAUCAACAGAGAAGAAUUGGCACUCUUCAGAUCUGACACCAAACAGGAACCCAGCAAUAUCCAGAGCAACUACCUCUGUGAAGAUACAGGAGUUGGAUUCCAAAGGCUGUUUUGUUCAACUCUUCAACACUUCCUACGACAAGAACAUAGAUCUCAGUGGCUGCACUCUGCAACAGAGAGUUGGUGCUUAUCCAAUCUCCUUGUACCGCUUCCCACAACACUCAUUGCUUCCAGCACAGCAAUGCCUCAAGGUUUGGGCUGCAGUAGCUGACAUCUCCCAAAGGCUUCCAUCUGACCUCGUGUGGCAAGAGCAGCACAGAUUCCGGAGUGGACCAGAAUGUACCACAGCUCUCUGCAAAUCAAAUGGUCAGCCUAUCGCUUGGUACAUCCCCUUGCACAGAUUCUCAGCUGCUGCCAACUCGUUUGAUGUGAAGGAUGAUGCCUCAGAAGACUGGACCCCUGUGCCGCUGAAUAAACAGCAGAUAUCUCAAGCAGUGACCCCACAGAAACAGUGCAUGCAGGAAGCAGCUUGGGCUCCCAGUCCAUCUGAUACACGGAGAACCAGCUGGACAGACUUUGUGCCAUUACACAGGAGGGGAAGUAUUUCUGCUUAUUUUUCCUCAAGCCGUACACGCCCCCAAUCGAACACCUCCAGCCUCACGGAACGCAGCAGCUUGGGAGAGACUGACAUUAAUUCCUAUUUACAAUCCAGUCUUGUAUCUCUGCCUUCGGAUUCCUUACCAGAUUUAAUUACGCCUGAUUCUUCUGGAUUACAAUCACCAAUUCAACUGUCCAGACGAUCAAGUAACACCGAGGAACUAAAUUUAACUACUGUUCCACAAGGACUUGCUGAGGCUCGGUUACUGCCUGGGCUCCUCACUCAAAGAAACACUCGAUCAAAGUAUACACUUCGAUUUAUGAGCUACCCACCCUUCACAACAGACAUGCAUGUUAGCAGGAGAUAGGAAGCAUUGAGAGUCAGAACAAGGGAAAUUGUGGAAACUGAAGCAGGAGAACCACCAUUCAGCUCUGAAGGCUGUUCCACAUUUCAAUUCGAUCAGAGCUGAUUUUUGACUUAACUCCAUAGACCUGCCUGCGCUUUGUAUUGCUUUAUACCGCUUUAUACCUUGUUAAGAAGAAAUCUAUCAAUCUCAGAUUUUGAGUGUUUGAGUUAUUAUCUUCUGUUUAUGGAAGAACAUUCAAUAAUUCUACCCUCUGCUUGAAGAAGUAUUUCCUAAAUUCUCUUCUGAAUGGCCUGGUUUUGAUUUUAAGAUUAUGGACUCUUCCCAUAAGUGGAAAAUGUUUUUUGUUAUUUGUCCUAUUGGUUCUUUCCACAUUGUUAGGAUUUUGGAUGAGGUCCCAAAUUACGUAGUGAUCUUAGAGAAGACUACCAACUUUAUAUUACAAUCCUGUUAGGGACCAGUAACUUCUAUUUUUACGAAAAGAAAGAUUCAAGGGACUUCCUAAGGGAAUAACACCACAAGGUUCCAGUUUUGAAUGAACAACACUACUUACUUUGUAAGUUAGAAUAGUAAUACAUUCUAAAUGUACAACUGAUUUCUAACAGCUAGAAUUAACACGUAGUAAACAUGGGUAAUAUGCUGUGCUCAAAAACCCCUCAGCACGUCAAAUAGUAAAUAUGACCAAGACAGAUCCCACAGACUUCUCAGUAACUCAAUAAUAUUAAUGACAUGAUAGGUAAUCAAAUCUCAAUAAAUUUCACCAGAUUACAAUUUUUCAUACCUGCUGAUCUGGUCUUGAACCUCCCUCCCUCCCUCCCUCCCUCUCUGUCCAGUUAUGGACAGCUGCAAUGACUGCUUCUGUUCUGGUCAUCCUCUUUUCCUGUAUCUAUAUUUCCCUGGAGUCUGAGCACACAGUCAUGGGCUUAACUCCAGCUCUUCAGCAUUUAGCUAGUUCCAACAAACCAGUCCUACUCUUGCGCUUUUUUUCUGAGCUGUAAGCUUGCUCAGUUACAUCAAGCCAAUACUGCUUGUGAACUUUUCAACCACCAGUCUCCCAGCUGCACUGUGGCAUUAACGCUCACAGACACCCUUCGAGUCCCUCAUGAGCUAGAUUACACCAAAUUACACUUUCUGUUGUGCUUUUUCCUGAGCCCAGUCUGUGCAGAGCUAUUCAACUUGAUGUUGAACUCAUUGGGUCCCUAAAGACACAGACUCGAUGUGGAUCAGUUGACUUGGUUGCAGUACAGCUAAAGUUCAGCUUUUCGAACAUGAAGGGUAUAUCUCUCUUUUUCUUACAAUUUGCUCUGUCACCUUUGAAUACCACCGAACUGUCCUGAGUGACUUUUUAAAACCCUAAAGUACUCACUACCCUAUCACAGGCAGAACUGAACAUUGCCACCUAACUACUCUUGAAGCUCUCCAAAUUCCUGAACAUUGCAAUGUUGUCAUUUUCACAGAAGGACGGAUGGCUUUCAGCACAAGGAAUGCUGACAAAAAGAACAAUUCAUCACAAUAUCCUCAAAAACCACAAUCACAUUACUCCUUAACUUUAAACAUAUUUUCAAAGCAACCCAUCCAAAAUGUUAUUACAUACAGGGGGCGGCACAAUGGCUCAAUGGUUAGCACUGUUGCCGCACAGCGCCAGGGACCCGGAUUCAAUUCCCGUCUU